AUGUCAUCAGAAGGCCCAACUGAGGCUGUGGACGUGCAGUCGAUGAUUCCCCCCCCAGAGAACGUUCCUUAUCCCGCUUCCACGAAACAAGCUGCGGGCACUGUGGGUGGGCAGCCUACCGAUAUCAUGGUGGUCUCGUUCCAAGACCGGAUACUCGUGACCAUCACACAGAACGGACGAUUAGCACAAUGGCUUCAUGUGCCGAUGGAAAGCCCAGAUCCAGCAGCUGACUUCCAAACACUGACCAGCAACCAGGAAGAUGCCCUUCUUCCCCGCCCGGAAUUUAAUGCUACGCCUUUACUUGGUGGACGAUCCGGUGAUUGGGAGGUCGUUGGUCAGCUCUAUGCUUGCCAAAUCGCGACGGCAAUAGCUGCGAAAUCCCCUGAAGAGAAGAGGCUACUGGUUGUGGGACUUGGUCUAGAAACGCCUGACAUUGAUCGGGAUAUAUAUCUAGGUAUCGUUGAUCUUGUUUUGCAGUGCCUAUGA